AUCAUCAUGAUGAAGCCGGCCUUUACAAAUCUUUUUUGCUCUCUCUCUUUGGCUUUGCUGAUGUUGAUCAUCAAUGAAGCUCAACCUGUCAAUGCCAUGCAUGGGCAUGGUAUGAUGGGUAUGGGUCCACCGCAUAUGAUGCAUGGAAUGCACGGAAUGCACGGAUUUCCUAUGCAUGGUAUGCAUCCUCCUCAUGGAAUGAUGCAUGGUCCACCACCAGCUAUGGCUGCUGGCGGCGGCGAAGCAGGUGGCGAGGCCGCGGCAGCUGCUGAAAAGCGUGAUAUUAGUCCAACUUCAUUCGAUCAAGCAAAAAUGGUUAAACGUAGCUUGGUUCAAUCAACCACAAAGCUUGUCAAACGUCAUUUCGGUCCACCGGGAAUGCCAGGUAUGCCUCCUUUCCAUAUGGGCGGUGGUCCUCCUCAUAUGCCGAUGAUGCCUCCUCAUAUGGGUCCACCUCCAGGUAUGGGAGGAGGUGGUGGCGGUGGCGGUGGCGGUGAAGAAGCUCCAGCCGAAAAACGUGACUUGGAGCCGAGCUUUAGCAAACGUCAAAUCCGUUGCUCUGCUUGAAGUGAAUCCUAUCGUAUUUAGCGUCUCUAAAGCCUUCUUGCUCUGAUUAUGGUUCCUCACAAUGGGAGAAGUGAAGCUUUGUCCGAGUUCGUAUACAGCUAGAUAGACACAUAUUUCUACACU